UUCCAGUCGGUUCUGAGUGGGAGGAGGAAGCUGGAAGUGGAUAUCCAAGCUCUUCAGCAUGAGCAUGAUGAGCUCCAAGGAGAGCUGAGAGGAUCAAUCGACAAAUCCAAGAAGGCCAGCUGCGAGUUGGCCAGAGUGGGGGAGGAGCUACGCCUGGAGCAAGAGCACACCAUCCAUCUGGAGAAGGUGAAGAAAGGUCUCGAGGCUCAGGUGAAAGACAUGAGCGCCAAGCUGGAGGAGGCGGAGCAAAUGGCACUAAAAGGUGGCAAGAAGAUCAUCCAGAAAUUGGAAGGAAAGGUAAACUGCCGCUCAGUAUUUUUAACCCAAUGCGGUAGUUUUUCUUUGACGAUUUAUCGAUCCUUUGAGUGAGAAGCCUGCUGUUUCGUACCAUGCUUCUCGAAAGUCGCCCCUCAUCUGUCAUGUGAGGUUUUGCUGAAUCUCAGACAUGUCCAAAAUGCGGUUGGCCUUCACCACGAUCUCGUGCAGUUGCAAAGAACUGUAUGUUUUAAAUUGCAGCAUGUCGUCCACCCCAAUGUGCCUCUCUGUCUUGAUUUCCCACCACACUCGAUAACCAGUUUGAAUUGAACUGUCAAAAAACAGUGCUUCUCGAAUCAUAAGCUCUAUUUCCAGAAAUACCGAUUGCUGACAUUGGAUGGAAACUUUGACUCUCCUAAACCAUCACUUACUCGGAACCCCCCUAAAAAAAUGUCGUGGUUUUUGAGCCAUUAAAAUUGCCAAAGAGAGGAAGUCAGUUUUACCAAUUUAUAUUGGUCAAUAAUUUAUGAAUAUCACAACAAGGCCAGAGUACGAAUGGUUAAUG